CCGGCGGCCAGACAACGGCAGGGCCCGGCAGCGCUAAGGCCGCGGCGGGCGGCGGGGUGCGGUGGUGGAGAUCUGCGCCGGGAGGAGCAGAGGCCGACAUGUGGCCGCCGCCGCUGCCCUGGCUGCUGGCGGGGCUGCUGCUAGCCGCCCCCUGCGGGGAGGCUGCGGCGGCGGCCCUUCACCGCCGGAGUGCCAACAUCGCCUCCCCGCUCCCCACCGACGUGGCCGGCGGGGCCGCCACACGAAGCAGCAGCAGCAGUCGCUUGGCCGAGGUGUCGGCGCCGCCCGAGCAGGGCCAGCCGAUGACCCAGCGCGCGCUGUCCGUGCUGGUGCUGGCCAGCGCCGCCCUCAUCGUCUACUUCGUAAUCCGGACCGUGCGGAUCAGAAGGCGAAGCAGAAAAACCCGAAGGUAUGGCGUUUUGGAUACAAACACAGAAAACAUGGAGCUGACCCCAUUAGAGCAAGAUGAUGAUGAUGAUGAUACAACACUAUUUGAUGCCAGUCAUCCUCGAAGAGAAGUACGUGCCUUUCAGUGAAAGAGCUUAAUCUUAGAGCCAGAGAAGGAGACUGCUUCAUGCAAGGAAUAAGAAGCAAGAGGGUAUGCAAACUGGGGGGACUAAUUUAAUUUGUGUAUAUUAUAGCAUCCUUAAUUUGUUGCAAUAAAUACUGUACCAAUUUGUUGUACCUUUUUGUAUAUAAAGGAUUCUAAAUGUAAAGCCUACAGAGGGAGAGUGCACUAAAAUGAAAACCUAUUUGGAAGGGAGAUUACUUUUAAAACAGGGUAUUUUUUUGCUUGUUACAAAUCUUGUAUGCCAUAAGUGUGGUAUACACUUUUUCUACAGUUACCUGGAAUGUUGACAUAUUUUUUUUUGCUGAUAUUAAAUUGUAAGUGAACAUAGCAUCUGUGGACCCUCCAGAAUUGUUAGAACUUGCUUUUAGUUCAGGAGAUGUUUUAUCCUUUACAAAUAAAAAGCCAAACUAC